AUGGCAAAAACCACAGUGCAUUGUUAUGUGUGGUUGAUAGUGGCUACAGCUUUGAUUGUGAGGCCUUCCAAGGCAUUUGAUUGCAUUGGCGCCCAGCAAGAACUGAUUCCAUGCCUAAGUUACUUGCAAGCUGCUGAUCCCACACCCAGUAUUGAAUGUUGUUCUGGUGCUCAAGAUGUGGCCAAUUCGGCUAAUUCGUCUAAAGACGAUUUGCAAUCCGCUUGCCAAUGCUUGAAAUCUGCUGCGCAAACGUAUCCCGACAUAAAAAGAGAAAAAUGCAGUACCAAAAUUGCAUUUUUCUCCGAUAUAAAUUAUGAUAAUGCUAAGCAACUCCCCGCCCUCUGCAACGUCAACCUCAAUAUUACCAUUGAUCCUAACAUUGACUGCACCAAGUAA